CGCCAAACAAACGCAACGUAACUCGCGCGUGCCUCCAAAAAACACACACACAAAAAAAGAAAACAACAAAUAAAAAACGUACAAAAACAACAAGAGCAGCAAAUCGCAGAAAUCGCAGCAAAAUAACAAACCAAGUCGAAACCAAAAAACACCAAAACACCACACAACAAAAAAUUAAUUUUUUUUUACAAAUUUUUUUUUUUGCACAACAAAUGCCUUAAACAAAAUUAACAACAAAUAAAGAAAUCGCGUUAAAAUUUUAAAACAAAAAAGUUUGGCACUAAAAAAGCAAUAGCAGUCAAGUGAAGCUCAAAAGGUGAAGUUCCAGUAAUAACGAAAACAACAACAGCAGCAAAACCAAAAAGCAACAUCAACAAGAGGAGAGCAGAAGCUUGAACAAGAGCUAAAAGGGUACUUUAAUAACAACGACAACAUGGGAAAAAAGAGCUCCAAAUUGAAACAGGAUACCAUCGACCGUUUAACAACUGACACAUACUUUACGGAAAAAGAAAUACGUCAAUGGCACAAAGGAUUUCUGAAAGACUGUCCGAAUGGUUUACUCACAGAGCAAGGUUUUAUUAAAAUCUACAAGCAAUUCUUCCCACAAGGCGAUCCUAGUAAAUUUGCUUCGCUCGUGUUUCGUGUUUUCGAUGAGAACAAUGAUGGGUCAAUCGAGUUCGAAGAGUUCAUACGCGCCUUAUCCGUCACAUCGAAAGGAAACCUGGACGAGAAACUGCAGUGGGCUUUUCGCCUUUACGAUGUCGACAACGAUGGUUAUAUAACGCGUGAAGAAAUGUACAACAUUGUGGAUGCAAUCUACCAGAUGGUGGGUCAGCAACCGCAAUCGGAGGAUGAAAAUACGCCGCAGAAGCGUGUGGAUAAGAUAUUCGAUCAAAUGGAUAAGAAUCAUGAUGGAAAAUUAACAUUAGAAGAAUUUCGUGAGGGUAGUAAAGCUGAUCCACGUAUAGUUCAGGCGUUAAGUUUAGGUGGUGGUUAAAAUGAAUAUUAAAAUAUAUAUAUAUAGAGACAGAGAGAAACGCGCAACAAACUAUUUAUUGUAACAACAACAACAACAACAGCAACAGCAGCAGCAGCAGUAACAAUAAUAGCAACAACAAAAACAACAACAACAACUAAAAACAACGUUAAUAACAGAGCAAAACAAAAACAACAAUAAAAACGCAAAAAAAUCGCAGCUAAAAGUUUCUUGAAAUAGAACGUAAACAUAACAGGAAAUGCUUUUGGUUUUUGACUUAACAUUUUACACUCUGGUAAAUAAAUAAAAGAAAAAAACAAAAAACAAACCGUUAAAGCAAUCAGAAAUCAGAAUCGCCAACAACAAAAGUUUCAAUAUAUAACAAAAAAAGAAAAACCAAAAAACAAAAAUAAAUAAUAAUGAAAAAGAUUUAAUGCCGAUUUCGCGCGUCGAUUAACAUUCAAAAUGAUAAUAAUUUUUUGAUAUAUACGAAUAUGAAAAAUGAAAGACAAAAUUCAAAUUUAUUAUAUAUAUAAAUUAAUUAUAUACAUAUGCAUACCAAAAGUGUAAGCAUACUUAUAUACAUACAAAAUGUGGCUAUAAUUCAAAUCGCGGCGUAGUCAGAACGCAGUUCAUAGCGGUAUAAUGUGAAAGUAAAAAAAAAAACAAGAAAACAAAAUAAAUUCAAUAAAUAAUUAAUUAAUUGAAUAUGAAACUGCGAAACAAAUUAUUAGUAAAUAGAGAAACAUCAACAAAAAAUUAAAAAAUAAAUAACAAAAAAUCAAUGGCACAUUUAAAACAAAGUAAUCGAAAAACCAAAACGAAACGUAAAAAUAAACUUAAAAAUAAAAAUAUAACAAAUAACGAGAGCAGCCUUCGAAAUAUUUUUAAAAAUUGAUUAUAAAUGCUAAAAACGAAAAAAGCAAAAAUGAAAAAAAAAAAAAAAUUGAAAAUAAUUUAAAGCAAUACUUAAGCAUUGUUGAUAUACGAAAGCAAAAUAAUAUACCAUACAUGCAUACUUAUAUAGAGAUAAACCGAUAUAUGUAUAUGUAUACAAUACACCUUAUAAGGAUUAUAUGCGCGACAACAACAACAACAACAACAAUCAACAACAACAACAACAAUAGCAGCAGCAGCAGCAGCAACAACUAACAAAUUACAAUAGCAGCGGCAAAAAUUAAUAAAAAUAUUCAUAAAAAAAAGCAAGGCAUUUAUCAAUGACAGUUGCAAAGCAGCGCAAAACUUAACGCAAUAUUUGUAAUUAGGCAAAAACACACAAAAUUUCCACACUCUUAUAUUCACACACAUACACACAAACAUAUGCACACAUUGACAGAAUUUCACAAAAACGCAUUCUAUAAAAAUGCCAAGAGAAUAUUCUGAAAUUUCUGAAAAUUUGUUUUUUUUUUUUUUAAUUGUUUUUGUUUUGCGCCACUUUUACCGUGACAAUAGCCUAAAAGAAAGAGACAACAUAACAAACAAAAAAUAAACAAAAAAAAGAAACAACAAAAACACAUAGUUUAUGAUAAACAAAACGCAUAUAAACAACGCACCGCAACAACAAACAAAUAAACAUCAAACAACUACAAGCAAAAAAAAAAAAACGAAA